GAGAAAUAUCGAAAAUAGAAAAACAGAAACGGAAAAGUACGAAAGAUUAACUUAGCAAGCAAAUCAGCUUUCGAGUUCUUAGAUCAAGAGAUGAAGGAGAAAAAGAUAGAUGAGAACGAUUCUGAGAGGCUCCUGAUAUCUGCUAUAAUACCAAAGAUUUUCUUAUCUAGAGGAUCGUUGUUAAUUUCGGAUGAACGUUUGAUUGUCUGAGAAAACCCUAAGAGUUUCAAGUCUGAUUGAGAUGGCGUAAUGGAGGCUGAUCUACACGCGAGUGCUUCCACUAUUAGAGGGGAAUUGACGAAUUGUUGAACUUCAUAUACUCAAUCAAAUUCACUGCGGCAUUAAAGAAGAUCCAGCCAAAUCCUACAUGUCGUGAGUCCUUAUUCCAAGAAGCGUCUGUGAAAACUUAGAGGGCUGUCCAGCAAUAUGUUCCCAAGCUAAUGUGAAGCUUCGAAAUACUAUUUCCUCGGUAGGAAAGCUCUUAUCCUUAAAAAUGAUUUAAUUUCGAGAAAUUCAUAUUUGCCAGCAAAAUCACAGCAAGUUAUUCAUCGAGAUUCCAUAUGGAUUAACACAAGUCAUUUCUCAGAAUCGAAUCACCAACAAUUCAAAACUCUGAUUUGCUGCUGCGUCGAGCGUUGGAAUUAAAUUCCAAACCUUUUCGCAAAGGAGUAAGUGAAGAAGGUUCUCACCUAGAGACAGAACAUUAUGCAGGAUUGUAUAGAGGAAAACCUUAAGUUUAAGGGAGCAAGAGCUUGACCACACAUCUUUGUGCCAGUCGACAGUGUCAGUUGGAGAUUUACUGAGAGACAAAGCCAUGGUUGAAUGGUAUCCUGAUUUAGCUGAGUAAAUUCCAGACUUAAGUGGUUGCCACAUGUAGGCAUCCUCCACUCUCAAUUGGCUUGGUUUCAAACAUAUAAUGGUAUUCAAGAAAGCAGGAGGCGAAUGUGCCGUUAGCAUCCGCCGGGCUAGUUUGACCAAGAAUGCUUUGAAGAAAAUGGAACUGUCGACUCAAAUGAAUGUGUUCGAAGAGCUUCUUGUUCCGACAAAGCAAGAAACCACCGACAACUACAACAUCAGCAAUCUGAGCUUUAAUGGCGGAUUUGAUCAUCAUCAGUUAUUCUCAAAUGGAUGGAACAUUGAUUACCUCUGUUUCAACAAUGAAGAAGAAGACGAAAAUACGCUUCUGUACUCAUCUUCUUUUAUGAACCUAAUCUCUCAACCUCCACCGUUGCUUCUUCACCAAACACCACCACUACCACCACCCUCAUCUUCAUCUCCGCCGUUGAUCUCCUCCACGGCCUUAACAUUCGAUGACCCUUUUCUUGAGGUGUUACAAGAGAUUAUAGACUCCUCUUCCUCUUCACCUCAAGUGACGCUUCCAACUUCCCAAGAAGAGAGCUUCAUUAAUCAGUCGUCGUAUCCAUCUCCAUUGGUGGAGUCUGAUCAGAGCAAAAGCUUCAGUGUUGGAUACUGUGGAGGAGGAGGAGAGACAAUAAGCAAGAAGAAGAGCAAAAAGCUCGAAGGACAACCUUCAAAGAAUCUCAUGGCGGAGAGACGUCGAAGGAAACGGCUUAACGAUCGCCUCUCUAUGCUCAGAUCCAUUGUUCCAAAAAUCAGUAAGAUGGACAGGACAUCGAUACUAGGAGAUGCCAUAGAUUACAUGAAGGAGCUUUCAGACAAAAUCAACAAGUUACAAGAGGAGGAACAAGAACUUGGAGUUAGCAACAGUUCUCAUCAUUCUAGGCUCUUCGGUGAUAUCAAGGAUCUUAAUACAAAGGAAAAUCUGGUCAGAAACUCACCAAAGUUUGAAGUGGACCGGAGAGACCAAGAUACUCGGGUUGAGAUAUGUUGCUCACCCAAACCGGGAUUGCUUCUAUCAACUGUUAAUACACUUGAGACUCUAGGCUUGGAGAUUGAACAAUGUGUUAUUAGCUGCUUUAGUGAUUUCUCUUUGCAUGCUUCUUGUUCCGAGGUAGCUCAGCAGAGAGAUUUCAUCAACUCCGAAGAUAUAAAGCAAGCAUUGUUUAGAAACGCAGGUUAUGGAGGAAAAUGCUUGUAAGGAGAUAUAUAUUUUCUUGGAGAGUAGAUGGAGGUUAUAACCCUACUUAAAAGUUCACGUUAUCAAUUAACGGGUAAUGAUGAUGUAUGAUGUAUGAUGUAUCAAUGAAAUAAAAUGGUAAAAAGUUUAUACUGAA